AUGACCAAGGACCCUCCCUCGGGGGGCAGCGGGGGCCGCGCGUCUUCCAAAAAGCCGGACAGUCCAGUGGAGGAGCAGCAGCGGCUGGAGCUGGAGAAGCUGCGGGCCGACCUGGAGCGGGAGCGGGCGCGCGGGAGGGCCGAGAGGCGACGGUUCGAGGACCAGGCCCGGCAGCUGCGGGAAGCGGCGGUGCAGGAGAGGCAACAGCUGGAGGACCAUCUGCGCUCCAAGUGGGAGGCGGAGAGCGGCCGGGCCCUGCGGCAGCUGCAGGAGGGCAUGCUGCGGGAACGGGAGGCCGAGAUCCGCCGGCUGCUGCGUUGGAAGGAGGCCGAGCUGCGGCAGCUGCAGCGGCUACUGCACCGGGAGCGCGACGACGUGGUGCGCCAGGCCCGGGAGUUGCAGCGCCAGCUGGCCGAGGAGUUGGUGAGUCGGGGUUACUGCGGUCGCUCGGGGGUCCCCGAAGGUGCGGCCCGAUGCCGCUGUCGCCUGCAAGAAGUGCUGGCCCAACUGCGCUGGGAUCAAGACGGAGAGCAGGCCUCGCGCAUCCGGCACCUGCAAGAGGAACUGGACAUGGAACGCCAGCUUUUCCUUAAGUACAUCUUGGAGCAUUUCCAGUGGCAGCUGUCUCUGCCCGAGGCCCAGCCGGGCCAGGCCUCGUCUUCCUCGGAAGAGCCGCCUCCGGAGACCGUAGGCGGCUCAUGCAGCCCCCCAAAAACCCCCACUUUAUUGGAGUCUCUAAACAGCCUGAGCCAAAGCAGCAUCUGCUUGCGCCUCCGCUCCCCGGCCUUGGUGCCCAAACUGGACGCCAAUCCCACAGCGGGCCUGCAUGCCACCCGGUCCAACUCCCUGGAUUCCUGGGUGCCCAUGAGUCUCUUCCCUCUCGAAGGCACCCCGAAUGGUGCCGAGGUUCCCGAUCGCAGCGGGGACCCGGCCUCUGAUGCCUCUAUUCCUGAUGCUUCUAUUCCUUGGUCCCCAAGUCCUUCUCUGCCACCUUGCCAUCCAGGUGGUGAAGACAUCCCCGGCAGUCUACCACCCUUCGAGGCUCUCCAGCCCUCGCCCGAUGCACAGAACCACCAAGGCAGAACGGCCCAACAGAACUCGGAACUGUCCAGAUUGCUGCAGACCCUGGUGCAACGCUGCUGGGGCCUUUACGCAGAGAACCAGCAGCUGCGGCGCGCCGGCCUGGCAGACGAGGCGGACAAGAAAGCCAAGCGGCUCAAGGUGGAGCACGCAGAGAGGCCUCCUGGCCUCCCACGGCGGCGUCUCAAGGACCGGGCCCGCAAGCUCCACGACUCCGAUCUGCGAACUUUAAGUGCUCCCGGGCUGGGAGAGCGCGCAGCUAGACUAGUACCGCGCCGGGCGUCGGGCAGACAGAGCGCGCAGGACCUGUCGGAGCAGGCCAGCGCUCUGCUGGCCAAAGACAAGCAAAUCGAAGAGCUCCGGCGAGAGUGCUACCUGCUGCAGGCUCGCGUCGCCUCCGGCCUCGACUCACCACCGCUCACGCAUGGGGAUGGGGCCGGGGCAAGGGGUGGAGAUGCCCAGGCUCAGUGGCUCAGCAUCAAAGACCUGGACCGGCUGCAACGCGAGUCGCAACGGGAGGUGUUGCGCUUGCAAAAGCAGUUGGCCCUCCAGCAAAGGGGCACGAGCCGGGAGGACGGCCAGACCACCCCUGGCAAGGAAGAGGAGGAGGAGGAGGAGAAGGAGGAGGAGGCCAGGAGCCAAAUUGAAGCGCUGGAACGCGAGCUGGGCGCCUGCCAACGCCAAUGUGCCGACCUGAGUGCCCAGGCGGCGGCUGCGAGACGGCGAGGCGAGGAAGCGGAGGCACAGCUGCAGGCCGCCUUGCACAAGGGCGCCUGGCUGGCGAGGGAGAACGCAAGGCUGCAGAUCCAGGCAGACCCGAGGAAAGGCGAAGUCGCGGCCCAGGACACCGACAGGCGCGGGCAGCUGGACAACGCAUGCCAGGAACGCGACGCCGCUGCUUUGUUGGCACAGAAGCUAAUGCAAGAGGCCACUUGCGACCAAGACAAGCAGCAGCAGCUGCAGCAGCAGCAGCAUGACCUGCAGAAGGCCCCGUGUGAUCUCCAGGCAGCUGGGGGAGAGAUGCACCACCAACCUGGUAACCCUCCCGGGGAACCCCAAGAGGCCUUCCAAGGCAAGAAAAACGGGACAGAGCUCCAGCCAGGGCUUGAAGACACAGCCACAUUAGGGUCCAGCAGAGAUAGACAGAUAGAGAAAGAUGCUUCCCAAUUGGAGAACCCUUUUACUCUUGGAGAGCCGGCCAAGGUUCCCUCAAUGCCCAACAGAGACCCAGACUGCCAUCCUCCAGACUCCAGGUUGCAGACCAAGAAAAUCAGCCCCUUGUCCAAUUCCUCCUCCGAGGUGGAGCCUCAGUUGACCAGUGUGCCCUCUCGCCCAACCCUGGAUAAUGAGGACGAUCUAGGGCCUGCUAGCUUGUCUUCAACACUAGAAAUGAAGAAGUCAGGGGCCCUCCACCUCCCAAAGCUCAAGAUCUUCCUGGUUCGGUACAGCUACAACCCGAUGGAGGGGCCCAAUCAACAUCCAGAGUCUGAGCUGCCCCUCACGGCAGGGGACUACAUCUAUAUUUGGGGGGACAUGGAUGAAGAUGGCUUCUAUAAUGGGGAGCUGAAGGAUGGCCGGCAGGGGCUGGUACCCUCCAACCUGGUGGAGCCGAUCACGGAUGAUGAUGUCCUGGGCAGUCUGUCCUCUGAGGCUCCUGACUUUGGUCUCACUCACCUCCCCACUGAGCAAGCCAAAAUAUUGAAGGAGGAUCCAGGUAAUAGCGCAUUUCCUGGGCAAGGUCCAGGAGCGGAGGCCAGGGGACCAGGCCAGCUGAUAAGGGCAAACACCAAGACAGAUCUGGCCUCUGAGCUAUCAGGAGCCAAGAAAACUGCAGACGACCUAGACUUGGUACAAGAGAUAGAGGAGCAGGAUUUCUCCAGACCCCUUCUGAGGGGCUCGGGGAGCUUUUGUGUCGGUCCCAGGCAGUUAUGCCUGCAGAGCUUGGCAGCCACAUCAGCUGAAAUCAGCUGGGUCAAUAGCAGCAACAGUUACCCCCACACAGUGUACCUCAACAACAAGGAGCAUGUCCUGAUCCCAGCAGGUGUGAGUCGCUGCACCUUGCACCACCUGCAUCCUGGCACGCGGUACCAGGUGCGGGUAGAGGUGCAGCCGCUGUGGGACUCGCUGCAUGGCUUCAGGGAGACAUUGUCCUCUUCCAUCACCUUCACCACACCCUUGGCUGGACCACCUGACCCCCCGCUAGAUGUGCUGGUGGAGCCCCAUGCUUCCCCGGGUCUUCUGGUGGUCAGCUGGCUACCUGUAACCAUCAAUGCAGUGGGCUCCUCCAAUGGCGUGCAGGUCACAGGCUAUGCUGUGUACGCUGAUGGGCUGAAGGUGACCGAAGUGGCGGAUGCCACUGCUGGGAGCAUCGUGUUGGAACUUUCUCAGCUCCAGAGACCAUUCCUAUGCCAGAAGGUGUCUGUGAGAACCAUGUCCCUCUGUGGUGAGUCCCUGGACUCUGUGCCAGCUCUGGUCCCCCAGGAUGGCUUUCUUUGUCCCCAGACACUGGGCUCCUCUCUUUUUACCUAUACCUUUGGUGACCUGUCAGCUUGCAGAGUUGCCUUCUCUGUCUGCUCUCAGAGACAGACCCAGAAUGCCAAGAUCAGACCCUGGACGCUGGGAAACUGUGUAGAACCCCAGACUGAGUGCCAAGAAGGACAUCUGGAGGAGCCCCUCAGGAGGGAGUCCUCCAGGUCUACCCUGGGUUCAGAAAGAAAGAACUCCCACCUUGAAAGCAGCCUCCAAGCCCCAGAGGCCAUGCAGGCCAAGAAGGCCAGCAGAGAGAAUGAACCUUUGCCAAAGAGUCCCCAGAACCACAAGCUAUUGUGGCCCAGUGACUCUCCGAGUGAGGAUAGAGGUCCCAGUGGUCUCAUGGGCACCAGCACAGAGACUGACGCAGGCAGAAAACAGCCAUCAGCAGAAGGUUUGCCCCGCAAAGAACCACUGCAGUGUCAGGCCGCCCUUGAGAAGAUCCAUAAGCUAAAGGAGGCUGUGACCCUGUUUCUUUCUCCCCGUCACACCUCCCUAGUAUGUGACAUCUGGGACAUCUGGCAGAAGGAGGCAGUGCCCUUAGGUCUGUGGGGUGCAGGGGGGCAAGAGCAGAGAAAGUGUCGAAGGACUCAGACCCUAGGGUGCAGGAGAGAGCCCGGCCACAUGCCACGUUCAGCCCCCUUCAGGAAAGUCCUGAAGAGAUCCUCGGGCAGACCACCACCUUUGCUGGGGACAGGGGCUGAUCCUACAGCCAGGGUACUUGUGACACUCGAUCACAACUGCUUGAUGAUGUCUGGUGACCCUAAGGUUGAGAGGGAAGAGCUGGCCAUUCAGAAAGGGCAAUUGCUAAAGGCAUGGGGCUCUCAGGACCCCCACGGCUUCUACUAUGGGCAAGUAGGCAACAUCCUAGGACACCUGGUGACUGAGGUGGAGGGGAUCCCGGAGCGGCCUGCCAUCGAGUGCCAUUUAUCGGCCACAGGGCGCCUGCCCUUUGUGGUCCCUUUAGAUGACUAUGAGAUCCUCCCUGCCCCUCAGGGCUCUUUGCCCAUGCCCCCCAGCAACCCGAGGAGGUUCCCACUAUGGACCCCAAAAAACAUGAUGGCAGCCUUAGACUAUGACCCCAAAGAUGGUUCCACCAGGGACCAGUGGAAAGGCAAGCUGUCCCUGAAGGCAGGGGACAUGGUCACAGUGUAUGGCCCAGUGGAUGACAACGGAUUCUAUUAUGGGGAGUCAGGCUGCCAAAAGGGCCUGGUCCCAGCCUACCUGCUGGAUCAUGUGUCUGUACAAAGAGAGUGAGCAAGGCAUCCCUGCUACCCACCCGAGCCAAAGGAAAACCCACCUUACACCAGUACCCCUCAUGGUAUCUGGAGAACCCCCUGCUCCAAGCACCUAGGUGCCACUCCAUCCGCCAUUCCCAGGGCUUCAGUAUGAGCUGAGCUGUUUUCCAAAAUAAACAGACCCAAGCA